CGUAACCCCCGCCGUCUUUCUGCACAUUUAUCAGUAGUGUUCCCCCUCCGAUUAAUUAAGCAUCAUUUCUCUAUCCUCAAUCUUAUCAUUUCUAGAGAAAUUCAUCCCAAAGAAACAAACAAUGGGUUCAGCUUCAAAACAAUCCCGGAAAAUUGAUAGAAUCAGUGAUCUGCCUGACUCGCUGCUGGUGAAUAUUCUCUCGUUGCUUCCAAUUAAAUCUGCUGCGCGUACGAGUGUGUUGUCGAAAAGAUGGAGGCCCCUCUGCCUGUAUCUCGAAAAACUUCAAUUUUCGGAUCGUCGGUAUUCUGGAAUAAAGUUUGCCAACUUUGUUGAUAGAUUGUUGUUGCAUAAGCCUCCUGGUUUGAAAAUGGAUCAAUUAGGCUUGUAUUGCGGUAAUAAUUACUGUCCCAGCCGUGUUACUGACUGGAUUCUGAACGUGGUUGAACGUAAUUUAAAAAAAUUAGAGCUUAACUUUCGGUUUGGGAAAUUAUGGGAAUUGAUCCCAGAUGUUUACAUCUGUACUAGUCUUGAAGUUCUUCGACUCGUUGGUGAUAUCUUGGUUGAUCCUCCCGAGGAUGUUAGGUUUUCAAGGCUUCGGGUCCUUGAAUUUAAAAAAAUUAGGGUUUCCAGUUGUGAGGCAGUUGGGGAGAUUUUGCUCAACUGUCCUGUGCUUGAAGAUUUAACUAUUGAUGACUGUGUAUGGCUUGACGGCUAUUGUUUAACUAUCUUUGGACCUUCAAUGAAGAAGUUGUCAAUGUCUUUUAGGUCGUGGGCUAAUGAAGAAUUUUCGCUUGGGAUUUUGAUUUUUACGCCAAGACUGGAGACUCUUUAUAUUGAAUCUUUUGUAUCUGAUGAUAUCUUCAUCAAUGAUAAUUUUCAGUUUCUCACAACUGCUUAUAUCGACGUAAAAGAGAUGAUAGAAGGAGCUGUACCAAGCAGUGUGUUCGGGUUGCUGAAAAGGAUUAAUCAGGUUAAAUUUCUGGAUUUAGGUUUUGAAACUGUGGAGGCCCUCAAUUCGGCACAUAAUUAUGAUCCAACAGCAGUGCAUCAAGGGUUUCCUUUAUUUCAUAACUUGAACAAGUUGUGUCUUACUGUUAGCAUGUAUUGUGGACUAACUUUACUGGACGACUUCCUACAGAACUCACCGAACCUCCAAAGCCUUCAAUUUCCACAUGGGCUUGUUGAUUUCGAUGAAUCUUCGUACUUCUCAUGGGGAUUUUCAAGGGUUCCAGAAUGCCUAUCCAUGCAUCUAGAGAAAGUAAAGAUCUACGAAUUUCAUGGAACGGAUGAGGAGAUGUCACUUGUUCGAUACUUGCUAGAACAUGGGAGUGCUUUGAGAAAAGUAUUAAUACAUUUUUCAAGUUUUUGGGAAGAUCCAGAUCAGGUCCAUGAGGUCCAGGAAGAAUUAUUAACCUAUCACAGAGAAUCAACAACUUGCGAGCUUAAUAUAUCAUUUUAAAUGAAUUUAAACCUGCUCUUUAUAGUAACCAAGUGUCUGAGGUACACUCUCUGCACUAAUUGUUCUUUUCUUUUAGACUGUAUUAUUAGUUGUUGCUACACCA